AUGUGGCUGCUGUUAUUAAGUAGUCAGAAGUCAAAUUGUGAAUUUAUUCGUGAACUGGAAGUGUCGGAAGGUGUUCCAGUUGGACAUCAGAUAGGAUUUAUUGGAGAUUUUCCUGCAGCAGUUGGUAGUGGUCCGCCAUAUUUAAUUGUUCCAGUGCCAGGAAGUUCUGUCGAUUCUGAUCUUGCUAUCGAUCAUACAACGGGUGAAGUAAGAACAAAAGUUGUGUUAGAUCGCGAAACAAAAUCUUCAUAUUCACUCGUAGCAAUUCCUUUAAGUGGCCCAAACAUUCGUGUUUUAGUGAGAGUGCUCGAUGAAAAUGACAAUCCGCCAACGUUUCCAACGUCGGUUAUGAACAUUGAAUUUCCCGAGAAUACUCCGCGUGAUGUUAAACGAACACUCAAUCCCGCGCGAGACUCCGAUCUCGGUCGUUUUAAUACGCAACGUUAUAAUAUUGUGUCGGGUAAUGUGAAUAACGCGUUUCGUUUGUCAUCGCACCGGGAGCGAGACGGCGUCUUAUAUCUCGAUUUACAAAUCAACGGAUUUCUUGAUCGCGAAACAACGCCCGCAUAUAGUUUAGUGAUUGAAGCUUUGGACGGUGGAUCGCCUCCAUUGCGAGGGCAGAUGACUGUGAACAUAACAAUACAAGAUGUGAAUGAUAAUCAACCGAUAUUCAAUCAAAGUCGAUAUUUCGCUGUCAUUCCUGAGAAUGCAACUGUCGGUACGAGUGUGCUGCAAGUGUAUGCAACUGACACUGAUGCUGGUGACAAUGGAAUGAUUGAAUAUUCAAUAAAUCGAAGGCAAAGUGAUAAAGAACAAAUGUUUCGUAUUGAUUCUCACACGGGAUUGAUUGCCGUAAAUAAAGCUUUAGAUUUUGAAUUGAAAGAGCUUCAUGAGCUUGUGGUGGUGGCGAAAGACAAUGGCGUGCAGCCUUUGGAGACAACAACUUUUGUUUCUAUUCGUGUCACUGAUGUUAAUGACAAUCAACCGAUAAUCAACGUCAUUUUUCUCAGUGAUGAUGCAACACCGAAAAUAUCCGAAUCGGCACAACCAGGCGAAUUUGUUGCACGCAUUUCAGUUAAUGAUCCCGACUCGAAAACCGAGUAUUCAAAUGUCAACGUGACGUUGGAUGGAGGCGAUGGACAUUUCGGUUUGACCACGAGAGAUAACAUAAUUUAUUUGGUGAUUGUUUCGCUUCCAUUGGAUCGUGAAAUUCAGCCCAACUUUACACUGAAAGUUAUCGCAACUGACACUGGUAAUCCGCCACUUCAUGCGUCUAAGACAAUUUAUCUUCGUGUCACUGACAUUAAUGAUAACGAGCCAAUGUUUGAACAAGAAGUUUAUCAUGCAAAUGUCAUGGAGGUUGCUGAUCCCGGUACAUCAGUGAUUCAAUUAUUGGCUGUUGAUCGCGAUGAAGGAAAUAAUUCCGCAAUAAUUUAUUCACUCAUUGACACUCCAAAUACACAUUCACAUUGGUUUCAAAUUGAUUCUCAUUCAGGAUUAAUCACGACACGAGCACAUAUCGAUUGCGAAACCGAACCAGUUCCACAAUUAACUAUAAUCGCAAAAGAUAAUGGUCACCCUCAGCUAUCAUCAAGCGCAACUGUGUUGGUGACCAUUCACGAUGUUAAUGACAACGAACCGAUCUUUGAUCAAAGUUUCUACAAUGUUUCGGUCGUUGAGAAUGAAGCUAAAGGCAGAUGUAUUCUUAAGGUGAGUCUUCUCAAUAAUUAA